GCUGUGCCAGGAUGCCGUCACCGCCAUGUCGAUGUAGGUGAGGGGCUGGGUAUUGUGUUGCGGCAGAUAUGUGCAUCGUUUAGCAUUAAAAGUGAAAUGUACAAUGGUGGUAACUUCUCCUUCACCAUUACCUGAAAGAGCCAUUUAUGGAUUUGUGCUGUUUCUUGCCUCAAAGUUCGCAUUCAUGUUUUAUUAUACUCACUUAACAGUUCUGUAUUUAGUAUGGGCGUACGUUCCAGAAUCGUGGUUGCACUCUGUGGGUCUCACCUAUUGGCCACAGAAGUACUGGGCAGUGGCUUUGCCUAUCUAUCUUCUUGUUGUCAUAGUCAUUGCUUAUAUUUUACUCUGUGGAGUUAACAUGAUGAGCACACCUCCACUUGACUCUGUAGAUAUCAUCACAGAUAGUUAUGCAAAAAAUCAACAGAGCAAACCGUACAUUGAAGGAGCAAUCCCUGGUUUACAAGAUGUUUCUAUCAGUGAAGUGAAUCGAAUUUUCUUUCUUUCUACACCCUGUGAGGCAGCUGGCGAUAAGUCGGUUACAUGGCGGUCACGUGCUGCAAGGAAUAUGGAUGCUUCUGCUGAGAACACCAGUGAAACUUCAGACCCCUGAGAUGAAGUGAUAAUGCUGUCAUCAACAGGCAUUUAUUCUGUAACUCUGUGAAUUAAAAAAAACACCACAUUUUUAGAAAACAGUUACAUUUUAACUUCCACUAAGGGAUCCGUAGAUACAUGUACUAUACUGUAUGACAGUGUGCUUUAAAAACCAUGUCAUUCUCAGACUGUGGUUUGUACCAAAUUCAAAACUAGACUGUGUUUAUAAGACCAUCACUUGGGUUGGAGAAUGAUUGACCUGAGCUUAUCUGUUUAAUAGCUAUCAAUGACUUGCCAGAAGUUGAACUUAUCAUCUUGUUUGAGAUAAUUAGGCAUGUCAGGUUUGUGUUUGAUAUGGAAUUUGCUAAAGUGCAGAAAGUGAGAGAAGUUUAAUAAGUUGGAGGUGUUACUGUGCCAAAUGUGUGUGAGUUCUUGUAGAAUUAGAGAUAAUCCAUGAAAGUUACCUGCACUCCAAACUGUCUUUUUGUUCAACUUUGCAAUCCUAAUGAUUCUGCUCAUUGUAACACAUGCAAAAUGUUGGAAGAACUCAGCAGGUCAGGCAGCAUCUUCAGAAAUGAAUGAACUGUCAACACUUCAGGCCAAGCCCCUUCUUUAGGACUGGAAAGGAAGGGGGGGGGGAAUAUGCCAGAAUAAAAAGGUGGGGGAGGGGACGGAGGCUAGCUAAAAGGUGAUAAACUAAAAUCAUAAGACAUAGGAGCAGAAUUAGGCCAUUCAGCCCAUUGAGUCUGCUCCACCAUUCCAUCAUGGAUGAUCCCAGAUCCCACUUAACCCCACACACCUGCCUUCUCGCUAUAUCCUUUGAUGUCCUGACCGAUCAGGAAACGAUCAACUUUCCCUUUAAGUAUACCCAUGGACUCAACCUCCACCGCAGUCCGUAGCAGAGUGUUUCACAGAUUUACUACUCUCUGACUAAAAAAAAAUUCCUCCUUACCUCUGUUCUAGAUGGUUGCCCCUCAAAUUUGAGUCUGUGCCUACUAGUUCUUGAUAGCCCCACCAAAGGAAGUAUCCUCUCCACAUCCACCUUGUCCUUUCAACAUUUGGUAGGUUUCAAUGAGAUUCCUCCGCAUUCUUCUAAAUUCCAGUGAGUACAGGCCUAAAGCUGCCAAACGCUCCUCAUAUGUUAACCCCUGCAUUCCUGGAAUCAUCCUCGUGAUCCUCCUAUGGACUCUCUCCAAUGGCAACACACCCUUUCUGAGAUUUGGAGCCAAAACUGUUGACAAUGUUCUUAAGUGUGGCCUGACUACUGUCUUAUAAAAUCUCAGCAUUUUCUCCUUACUUUUAUAUUCUAUGCCCCUUGAAAUAAAUGCCAACAUUGCAGUUGCCUUCUUUAUCACAGACUGAACCUGUAAACUAACCUUCUGAGUGUCCGGCACAAGGACUCCUAAGUCCCUCUGCACCUCUGAUGUUUGAACCUUCUCCCCAUUUAGAUAAUAGUCUGCACUGUUAUUCCUUUCACCAAAAUGCAUUAUCAUUCAUUUCAUUCCAUCUGCCACUUUUAUGCCCAUCCUUCCAAUUUGUAUAAGUCCUGCUGCAAUCGCAUUGCUUUCUCAGUACUACCUACCUCUCCACCUAUCUGUGUAUCAUCCGCAAACUCUGCCACAAAGCCAUCAAUUCCAUUAGCGAAAUCAUUAACAAGCAAUGUGAAAAGUAGCAGUCCCAGUACUGACCCCUGAGGAACACCACAAGUCACUGGCAGCCAACCAGAAAAGGCUCCCUUUAUACCCACUCGCUUCCUCCUGCCACUCCACUAUCCAUACCAGUAUCUUUCCUGUAACGCCAUAGGAUUUUAUCUUGUUAAGCAGCCUCAUGAGUGGCACCUUACCAAAUGCUUUUGGAAAAUCCAAGUAAAUGACAUAAACUGUCUCUCCUUUGUCCACCCUGCUUGUUACUUCCUCGAAGAACUUUAAUAGAUUUGUCAGGCAAGAUUUUCCUUUACAGAAACCAUCCUGACUUUGACUUAUUUUAUAAUAAGUCUCCAAGUACCCUGAAUCCUCAUUCUUAAUAAUAGACUCUUAACACUUUCUAACCACUGAGGUUAGGCUAACUUUUACCUUUCUCCCUUCUUAGAGAAUGGAGUGACAUUUGCAAUUUUAUAGUCCUCCAGGACCAUGCCAGAAUCAAGUGAUUCUUGAAAGAUCAUGACCAAUGGAUCUUAUCUCUUCAGCAACUUCUCUCAGGACUCCGGGAUGUAGUGAUAGGUGAAACCAGGUGGGUGGGAAAGGUAAAGGGCUGGAGAGGAAGGAAUCUGAUAGGAGAAGAGAGUGGACCACAGGAGAAAGGGAAGGAGGAGGAGAUCCAAGGGGGAGGUGAUAAGCAGGUGAGAAGAGGUAAGAGGCCAGAGUGGUGAACAGAAGAGGGGGAGGCAGAGGGAAUUUUUUUAUCGGAAGGAGAAAUCAAUCUACAUGCCAUCAGGUUGGAGGCAACCCAGACUCAUUAAUGCAUUGGGUUGAAGGUCUAAUUGGAGAUGAGAAAGAGGAAUCCUGGCCUCCUUUGAUUUGUCUAUCCAUCCAGAUGGUGAAGGUGAGCAAAGACAGUUGGCCACUUCAUCAAUCAAGUACUGUACACCUGCCAUGUUCAGUUUUAUGUCUGUAACUACAGUGUGCCUGAGCUUAAGGUAAUUUGAAUUGAAAGUAAUCCUGGACUGCUAAUAAGCAUACAUUUGAGCUGUUGCCAGCAGGACAAGCAGCUACAGUUGCUCCUUUUAUUGAACGUGGUACUUUGUUAAAUAUGGAUGUGUUUCCAUCCUUCAGACCACAGCAUGGAUGCACCAUAUCAUGAGGUACCACAAGUUGUAGCUGCAAGACCAUAGCAAUAACUGUUAUUCCGGCUUCUCCCUCCUCCCCAACCUUCUGUUCCAAAUCUGCUGAAGGACCUUGGCCAGAAAUGUUGUCUGUGCAUUCUCCUCCAUUGAUGACCUGCUGAGUUCAUCCAGCAUUUUGUGUGUGUUGCUUAAGGUCUCCAGCAUCUACAGAAUCACUUGUGUUUACCAUAGCAAUAACUAUUGACUACUUUGCAUCCCAGCCUUUAGAUGACAUUAAGACCAGGGUGUUCAAGUGUUUAAUCUUGUGUUUUCUCCAGGGACAUUUUCUUGUACUUAAUAUCUCAAAAUUCGCCUAUAUGUUAUACAGAUUUGGGGUAAAGUUGGCAGGAGAAAAUAAUGAAAAAACUAAUCUUCCAAUUAGUAGCAUUCAUAUUCCUUCCUAGUUACGCAAAUACUAUACUACUGGACUGCUGCAAGCAAUUAUGGCCAGGUGAGGUCAUUGUUCGAGACAAUGGUAGUGUGUUAACAACUUUGAAAAGGAAGUACAGCUGUUCUUCCAACAAUGUUUGCUGUGAAUACAGUUAAGCAUUUUCACUUACACUAUCUAAUAUCUGAUUGGAAGGUAUGCAUAGCAGUGUACAGCAUUGUCUUAUUCUUUGAACUUCAAAAUUCAUACAGGAGGAAUCAAUAAAGAAGCAGAUAAAUGAAAAUAGGACAAAAUUGCUCUAGGGUCUGAACUGCUAGGGCUAAAAUGCAGCUCCUGAGAUGGUGAAUUUUGAGUUUUGGUUCAGGAAGGAGGGGAGGAAAUCAAAUUUCGGUGCAGUUUGCAACUGGGAUCCUGAUAGGGAGGAGAAAAGAAUCAGGUGCAUUAUGGUCAUCAUUUUUCUGCCCAUAGGUCUUGAGUAAAUAGCCAAUCUCUGAUCAUUCAAAGUUUAUUUUUGUAUUGAAAACGCAAGAAGCUCAAUAAAAUGAAUUAUGAAAUGUAAAUAGGUACGAAGAGCAAAUUCAAUUUAAUAAAAGUUUUUAAUCAGAUGAUUUUAGUAAUAAGUUUUUUUGAAUUCAUUCUUCAUCUAGAUCUGUUUUAUGAACAAAAGAGCAAGUAUCUGACAUCUAAGUUUACAAUUAACAAUUUAAGUGAGAAUUUUAUUUUAACGACUGCAAUGUAGUAUGUUGGUACAGUGACUUAUUUUGACAAAUGAUUAUGCUUUUAAUUAAUAGCAUUUUUCCUGUUUUAAGAAGAAAUUUUUUGUUGGCCACUGGAUUGUUGGUUCAUAUUAUCAGUAAAAUAAUUUGUUUUUAAAUAGCUUCUGGAAAAUAGUUGUGUAAAGUGGCAGAAAGGCUAUAACCCUGGAUGUAAAUAUUGGAAGUUUACUUGAUGUCCAUUGUUGCAGAAGAUUUUCUGAUGAUUACAAGCAGUAGAUUUUACUUGGGUUUCAGAAUCUUUAGUUACAUUAGUUUUCAACCUAGGACACAAUAGUUGGAAUAUCAUUGACUGCCCUAUUCAUGAAUUGAUCUCCGAUUUAUUUAAUAUACCCUGUGACCAUUGUAUUAGAUCCACUGUACACUUAUAUUCGUUAAUGUAAACACCUAAUCAUAUGUAGGGAACAUGUAAGGCUCCCAGAUCUACUUCUAUACAAAAGAAUCUUAACUCUGUUGGUUUUUACUUUUUUUUAACAGUUUGCUAGCUUUAUAGUCAAAAGUUCAUGGCUGAAUAUCAAUUACCUUCAGGGUCCCCGUAAAUCACAUCUAGAUCUUAAGCCUCUCAAAUUCAUGCAGAAGAUGAUCAGCGAGACAUGUAUUGGAUCCUUAAACUUAGAGAAUGAAGUUAACCUGGGCUAAUAGGUUAAAGGAACAUAAAAACAGAUAUUGUGCAAGUCCUUUCACAAUAUUUUAAGAAAACAAUUUGGAUUUCAAUGGAAAAACAUGGCUGUAUGCAUGGUGUAAAAUGUGUAUAAAAUAUAUCAUGACUACAUAUUCUUUGUCUUCAAGGCCAUAGUUUAGAGUAUGGCAGGUGACCUACUGUUACCUGAGGGGAUGGGAGAGCAGUAGCAGAACCUUAAAUCCCACUAGAAGAUUUUAUCAUUCUUGCUGAAGGCAGUCUCUGUCAUUUAGUUAAAAUUGUUGAAAUGUUAUGAUGAUGGAUAAAGCUAAUGGCUAGGAAGAGACAAACUGGAGCCAUCUGGUCUAUGAUGGUUAUUUACUAGUUCAAAUCACCUUCCCUUCUGACAAUAAAUGAGCACCAGCUACCUACGAGGGGUGAUUGAUAAGUUCGUGGCCUAAGGU